AUGUGGAAAGCGAUGCUCGAUUGUCAUCGAAGUCAGUGUCACGCUAUUAGGGAAGCUCAAGGGUUAGGUCCGAUAAGGGCUAGAAAGAAACUCGGUGAUGAACAUCUAGAGGCAACGAGUUUGCUUGGACACGAGCUUAUAAACUGGAUCUUGGGGUUCUCGAGCUGGGUUAGCGCGCAGAAAGGUUACGUAAGAGAGUUGAAUAAAUGGCUGAUGAAGUGUCUUCUCUACGAGCCCGAGGAAACAGGAUAUGAUGAGGAUGCAGUCAAACUAUAUUGA